AUGUUGGGCCAAUUCUUUGGUUCCCGAAAGGGCGCUCAAUCCUCGCCGCCGACCCCCGUCCUCGACUCCGCGACCGAGGAGUCUCACACGCGACACCUUCUCUAUCCCGACGCGAGCACCCUCUACCACCCCGACGGACAGCCCUACCCGCUCCCCGUAGCCUCUCUCACACCUGGCAACGCUCACGAUGGCCCUCUACCCGAAAUCGACCUCGAAUUCCCUCGCGACUGCCGAAUCAUCAUUGCCCAGGAUGAGUUCAUGAGCAUGCCCAAGGCCGUUCUGUUCGACUCGAAACCUGGCCCUCCCCGCGCCGAAUCGCCCACCCUCCCACAUGCACGAGCAAGAGUCUUCAGCGGAUCGGGCGCUGCCAGCACCGCAGGACCUACAUUUGGGGGUAUGCAUGCGCGGAGAUUGUCUCUUGUGACCGAGUCGACCCCCCACUCACCCUCCAUGACCGCCUUUGCGCGAAGCCGAGGCCGCAACAAUUCCAUUUCCUCCAUGCCGAAUAUCGAUGAGCAUACCCAGCCAUCAGCACAAGCGCAGGCGCAGUCGCAGGCAAAAGGGACCGAGUCCAUCGAUGUAGUCAAGACGUGUUUAGAUUGCAUGUUCGGCAACACGACCAUGAGCUACCGGGGCAACUCCAACAAGCUGCACAUUGUACCACUCGAUUCCAGAGGCCCUGAUGCGGGAACCCCGACCCCAGGCAUAAAUGAGCCUGGGGGUUCUCUAGGAAGAGCCGAAGGUAUGCGUAGGAAAAGCCAUCUGGCUACCUCAUACACUCCAGCCAAUUUCCCAGCGGAGCUCCCGCGCAGGGAAUCCAACGAGAGCGCGUUCAAGGAGCCUCGGCGUCGCACCAUCUUCAUCACGCGCAUGUUCUCAGUGUCCUUGUCGGACGACGAACUGGACUCCUCGAAUGUGCGUACACCAACGCCGCAGAGCUCGCUUGGGAAGGGCAGUGGUUUUCCUUUCCCUCGUACAAGUGGCAAGACGGCCACUCCCACUCCUCCUAGACUUCCUCAAACGCGCAAGACUCCCAUGUAUGCCAUUACUAUCAUACUUCAGCUACCAGUGUCGCAUCCAGCCUCGAUGAGCCGAGGUCACGUAAGUAAGGGGUCCACCUCCGUUCCUGGACACGACUCACUGGGUUCUUCAUUCGACUCCGAUCGGCGUGCUGGUUGGACACACAUCGACCCGAACUUCGGCAUAGAGUCUCUACUCUCCAAUUCCCUCAACAGCGAUGUCGACGACCGUGUCGAUGUCAUUGGUCAGCACUGGGAUGUCAUUACGCGCACCCUAACGAGCCUUCAACAGGUCGUCCAGGGACGCAUCCUAGCACAUCUCAGGAGAGACGAGCAAAAUAAUCCGCCAGUGCCUCGGAACCAACCUUCCCGUUACGUUACGAGAGAAGUCUCUAUCCAACCGGCACGCCGAGGCGCGCGACUACAGCCCAACGCACUGGCUCUGGACCCCGAAGUUAAAGACGCCGUUGAGUUAGCCGGAAACCGAGUCGUUAGCGGCAUGAGGAUCCCUCGUGUAACGACGGGCCAGGGCAAGUGGGGCGUGUGGCGCGAAGAAGCUCGGUGGCUCGGGAGAUGGGCGGGUCGCAAAGAGCAGAACUUCUUUUUCUUCAAUCUGCUGACGGCUUUUUUGGGCAACCAUACUGAAUGGUUGAAUCUGCUGGGGCCGAAGUGGCAUCGCAAGCGCCACCGGGAGCAGCAGAGAUCGAGCAUCGGGGAGAACCUCACGAUUUCCAAUCGUACGGUUAUUGUCUCACCGGACAAGAUGGCUGCGAGGAGAUUGAUCUUCUUGCUUGCGGCUUUUCUGCCUCCGAAUACGCCGAGUCUGUAUGAUGGAGCAUCUCCCUUGCGGCCUAGCACUUCAGCAUCUCUGCGCGGCUACUCCCAGUCUCCCCCGACCAAUAUGCCCCCGUCAAGGAAACAAUCGCUACGCCGUACCAUCAACCGCCGGCCAAAACCGAAGCAGAGCGUGGCAAACUUGAAAACCCAACACAGUGCACCCAGCAACGGGAGUACGCCUAUGGCUCAGGCUGAUUCUGCAGCUACAAGUACUGAUACAGCUGGACCGCCUGAUCAAUCUCGUCGAUCUUCAACUCAUUCUGUACGCACAAGCCUGCUGAUUCCUUCUAUAUCCGAUCAUGCGCCGGCAAAGAGCGCCGCGACCUCUACCUCUACUGUAACCCCCCAGAACGCAGUGCCCAUCCCUCACUUUGCCCUGCCACGGUCCAAGCCAUCUGGUCCGUCGCCUGAGAACAGGCCUGAGAGUAGUGACAGUCUAGCUUCAGUCAACUUGAUGCAUAAUCUGCAACGAACAAGCCAGAGUCAUACGAGCACCAUGUCUACGGAUUCUGGAAGUAGCAGUCGAUGGAGUGUCUUCACGAGCUUCUGGAGCGGCGGCCGACGGCAAUCAUCAACUGAUCAAGAUAUCCUCCAGACCACGGAUGAUGGACUGGGUAGCUCGAGUGCGGGCUCCAGGGGUUUCGAGCGUGCGCCUUCCCAACUUGAACUGAUGGUGCAGGAGUUAUCGAUGAAUCAGGGACUGUUUGAAGAGUGCGAAGUCGUCAACCCUUCGGGCCAAGAUAGCCAGGCGGCUGCAGAUAACCCUCCUCAGACUUAUACCGUCACCGGCUCGAGCGGUGUGCCGCCCUCUAAGGCGCGACCCAUUCCGGAGCGUCCAAAACGGUUCGACACGGUACCACUAAAGCUGUCAGUGAAUGAGAAAGACGGAGUCAUCGACGUUGACAUUCCACUGCCUGACUUCGACUCGCCGCUGCUAUCCCCUAUGUUCGCGCCCGCGUCUGCGCCCAGCCAGCAAGGCUCUAGCUAUGGCGAAGCGUCCGUCUUCUCGAUACCACAUGGUGAACCAGACCAACCUGUCAACGCAGCUGGAUGGCUGAAGCAAUUCCAUCCCGAUUUUGCAGUGCAAGCGAUCAAGCCUUACGCUGACCUGGAGCGCGAUAUCAGGCGAGCCAUGAGCGCGGAACCUACGCCUAUCACAGCUAGUGCAACACCUAGCCUCGAGCAAGGACCGCAGGAGCGCUGGAUAGACGUAUGCUCCGCCUUGGUAGCGGAUACUCGCACCUUCAGCAUCAAGCGCAUCCGUCUGCGCAGACUGGUCAAGCUGGUUCCUACACCGACGUAUCAGCACUCAGCCCUCACCCCUGGCAUCUCCCCUCUCCCAGGCCGUCCUCAGUACGGCAAUCCAUAUGCCAACCCCCCUGUCCAACCUAUGAUGACGGAGAUACACCUCGAAGAGCAGUUCACUGAAGAGGCGAUUAUGGACUUCGAUCCUACUCUCAUCGAUGCCGUCGAACGACUUCUCUCGCAAUCUGGGCAGCCUUCGCGUGUCCAUUCGACAAGUUCAUCGCGCUCUAGCUCUAGGAGGGGUAGACGCGAUACCCGCUCUGGGUCCGACGCAGGACACGUGCAACCGGAGAUUCCGUCUACAGAUUGCAAGGCGGUGCUGUUUGAUGCGCUGGAGUCGGUAGUUAAGGACGUCACGGCGGAGAGAGGUGGGAAGGAUGUUGCCAAGGAUGAGCCAAAGGGCGACAACAAUAAUAAUAACAACAGCAACACGAAGACGCGACAGGAGGUUGCUUCUUCUGUUCCCAGAGCAGGAGCUACCGAUUCGUCUCUGAAAGAAGGGAUCCGUCGAUGGCUCGCGGAAGACAAGAAAGACACCGACAUCCUCCACUGGGUAAAACCGGGCGACAAGACGGGCGAAUUCAAGCGCCAGCAGAGCGUCUUCCGCUCGCAAAUUUCCAGCAAGCCUGGCGCCGAGUUCCCCGCUGAGAAGGACCGGUACCACCUAUACGUUUCAUAUGCGUGUCCGUGGGCGCAUAGGACGCUGAUUGUGAGGAAGUUGAAGGGGCUGGAGGAGAUUGUGGGUGUGACGGUUGUGCAUUGGCAUAUGGGUGAGAAGGGAUGGCGCUUCGUAACGGCCGACGAGAAACUGCCUGGCGACGAUGUGACUCCGGAUCCCGUCCACCCCGACUAUACACACCUUCGGGAUAUCUAUUUCGAGCAGAAUCCAAACUACGAAGGGCGUUUUACGGUGCCGACGCUGUAUGACAAGAAGCAGAAGCGAAUCGUGAACAACGAGAGCAGCGAAAUCAUCCGCAUGUUCUACCACGAGUUCGACCAUCUGCUGGACGACAAACACAAUCAGGUGGAUCUGCUGCCCGCGAAUCUGGAAAAGGAGAUCGAUGAGCUGAACGAGUGGGUCUACAACGACGUCAACAACGGCGUCUACAAGUCCGGCUUCGCUACCACAGAAGAAGCCUACCACAAAGCCGUCCGCCAACUCUUCCUCUCCCUCGACCGCCUCGAAUCCCACCUCUCCACCUCGUCGACGCCCUACCUCCUCUCCUCGCCGCACCUCACCGAAGCCGACAUCCGCCUCUACACGACCAUCGUCCGCUUCGACACCGUCUACGUCCAGCACUUCAAGUGCAACAUCCGCGACAUACGCUCCGGGUACCCCUUCCUGCACAAGUGGCUCCGGCACCUGUAUUGGGAUGUUGCGGCGUUCAGGGAGACGACGCAGUUUGAGCAUAUCAAGAAGCAUUAUACGAAGAGCCAUGGGCAGAUCAAUCCGUUUGCGAUUACGCCGCUGGGGCCCGUGCCGGAUAUUUUGGGGAAGGAGGAGGAGGUAAGGGCGGUGGGGUUUGCGUUGAGGGAGGGUGCGUAG